GCCAGGGGGCAGCGGAGCCUUCACACGAACCUCAGUGAGGACACUCUUCAGAGCGGAAGUCGUUCGUCGUUGGUCAAAACAACAUGGUGUCACCCUGUGGGCAAUGUGAACGUAAACAGGGAAGCUCAGCUCAGAGAGGAUAGACACCAUCACACCGGCGGGAGGACUGCAGGGUCUGUUAAAGCUCAUGUCUCUGAGAGCGUGUGCUCGGGCUGCCAGAGACGCCGCGGUCGUGUGCACACGGCCCCUCGUGUCUGCUCGACAGGGAAGUGCGUCAUGGUUCCUCACAGCGGGAAAUGCCGCCUGCCGCAGAGGAGGGAGGAAUGGAUUUAUCUUCACGCCUGCCUGUUUUAUUACAUCAGAGGCGUUUCUCAAUAGACUGAUGAAAGGCAAAGCAGCAGAAGCAGAUGGCAGCUUUUAUCGCCUCCCAGCCUCAGUUCCGCCGGACAGUGGUGAACAACUGUCUUUGUUGCUGAGACAUCCAGAUCAGCCUGACAACUCAAAGGUUUUGAAAGUGGCGAUAUUAGGUGCCCCGAAUGCUGGGAAGUCCACGUUGUCCAACCAGCUCCUUGGCAGAAAGGUGUUUGCUGUGUCCAAAAAAGUACACACAACGCGGUCACGUUCCCUGGGCGUCCUAACAGAGGAUGAUACACAGAUAAUUUUACUGGACACUCCUGGUCUCACCACUCCAUCAAAGGUUAAAAGACAUCAGCUGGAGAAGUCUUUGCUUGUGGAUCCCUGGAAUACAGUCAAAGAAGCUGACCUAGUGGUCGUGGUGGUGGAUGUGGCAGACAAAUGGACGUGCAGGAGACUUGACUUUGAGGUGCUCAAAUGUCUGGCCCAGCACCCAAACAUCCCAGCUAUCCUGGUCCUCAAUAAGGUGGACCUGGUGAAAGCUAAGGACAAGCUGCUGGAGACCACAGCAGAGUUGACAUGUGGAAUGGUGAAUGGACGCAGAAUGCGGGUCAGGCCAGUGAUCAAGCCUCCAUGGGCUGAAAAGAGGCCAGCGAGGGAUUCAGAGUUGUCCCUUGACGCGGACAACGCAGGGCCCGAGGAUAGCAGUGAGCCAAACUCUGCACUGAACAAAGAGCAGCUCAAGGCGCUGAGGAGCCAGCAGGGCUGGCCUCACUUCAAAGAUGUCUUCAUGCUGUCCUCUGUGGACAAAGAGGAUGUGGAGACACUGAAGAGCUACCUCAUGGUCACCGCCAAGCCAGGGUCGUGGCAGUACCACAGUGAGGUCCUGACGGAUCAGAGUCCUGAGGAAGUUUGCACCAACAUCAUCAGAGAGAAGCUUCUGGAGUAUCUGCCUCAGGAAGUGCCUUAUUCAAUGACACAGGCUGUUGAGCUCUGGCAAGAUGGAGAAAAUGGUGAACUCGAUAUUUCAGUGAAACUUUAUGCCAAGAAAGAAACUCACAUGCCGAUGGUGAUCGGCACAGCUGGCCAGAUGGUAGCGCAGAUUGCCCGAGAGGCAGGCGAGGACCUGAGCCGGGUCUACCUGAGGGAAGUGAAGCUAAAGCUCUCGGUCAAGCUGAUCAAGUGAAGAGGAUGGAAGUGUCUUUAAGCGGGGAAAUCUUAAAGAGAUGAAGAGGUGGAGACGGAUCCCGCUGGAUUUCUCCACAAAGGACAGACCUUAAGAGUCAAACGAAGGAUAAGAUCCUGUCUUAAGUCUGAGGUGGAGUUAUGAGACAGCAAAAACUGUAUCCAUAAGCCCAGAGCUGCCACUGACUCUUUAAGGAAAAGAAAUAAGUUUAUCAAAAUAAUAAGUUUGACAUAUAAGUUUGACCUUUGCAUCAGCAGCAUUCUAUCAGGCAGAAGUAUAAGUCCUAUUUAUUUAAGAUCAGAUAAACAGUGGUAGAAAAUGUGAUUAAACUGUUGUAAAA